UUCGUGACGUGUACGCUACGUACGCUUUAUCAAGCGUCUUCCCGCGCGGCAAUCUUCCCAGUCUCUCCGCUCCUCGAUCGUAGCUCUUCUUCUGGUCUUUUUGCUUAAUUUGCAGUACUCGAAUUCGCUGCCAUGUCUUCUGAAGAAGGGAAGCUUUUCGUGGGAGGGCUCAACUUCAACACCGAUGAGCAGGCUCUGGAAGACCACUUCAGCAGCUUCGGUCCUAUUUCCGAGGUGGUCGUUGUCAAGGACCGGGAGACUCAGCGAUCCCGGGGUUUUGGUUUCAUCACCUUCACCAAUCCAGAGCAUGCCUCAGAUGCAAUGAGAGCCAUGAAUGGAGAGUCUCUGGAUGGUCGCCAGAUCCGUGUGGAUCACGCGGGCAAGUCGGCCAGGGGAACUAGAGGGGGUGCCUUUGGGGCCCAUGGGCGUGGUCGCAGCUACUCUAGAGGUGGUGGGGACCAGGGCUAUGGGAGUGGCAGAUAUGACAGUCGACCUGGAGGAUAUGGGUAUGGAUAUGGAAGGUCCAGAGACUAUGGUGGCAGAAGCCAGGGUGGUUAUGACCGCUAUUCAGGAGGAAAUUACAGAGACAAUUACGACAACUGAGAUGAGGCAUGUGCACCUAAUGUAGAUACACAAGGAAUAAAACUUCUGGUCCAGGAUCAUCCUUCCAAAUGGCUGUAUUUAUAAAGAUUUUUGGAGCUGCACUGACACAUCUGUUUUAGUACAUCAACUUCUAUUUUUGAACUGAGCUCCCAAGGUAGCUUGUCACAAAGACCUUUUAGAAAGCUCCACGUGUUUUCUAAAAUUUUCUCCCUUUUAAAUACUAAUCCUGGGACAUUUGUAGAGUCUGGGUAUUUUUUUCCUUUUACCAGUUUUUCAGUUUGGACUCUCAGGAUUACUGAUCAUGGCAAAAAAUGUUUGUUCAGACUGCUUUUAAAAAAAUAGGCAUUUAAAAGCCUGUAUACAAUGUUUAUCAUGAUUAGGAAGAAAUUUCCAAAUGCAAGUACAAGAAAUCAAAGUAAUUAGAGGUGGUUUUUUUUUUAUUCAAGAUCACCACCCUAAGUAUACAGAAAUUUCUUAAAAUACUCACUGUGAAUGUCCUUUUUUUAGUACUGGAAGAAAAAAAUAUUCUGUUGUGUCUCAUUUAGCAUUUUAGGAUGUCCACGGAGCUGAUUAAAAAGUUGAAACAUGAAAACAACUGA